CUCAUCCCCUCCUUCGUAAGGAAGCACCUGCCCAUAAUAUAAUAAUUAUAUAUGUGAGCUCGAUCUCGGAGUCGCUCCGAUCCAUCGAACGCCACCGACGCGGGCGCCUCCCAUGGAUCAAUCCACCGUCGAUCACCCGGAGAAGAAGGGAUCCAACGGCGAUCACUCGCCCGAGUACGCCCCUUACCCUAAGCUCAACCCCGAGGACCUCACCCCUCCUCCUCCCCCCUCCUCCUCCUCCUCCUCCUCCUCCGCCAUGGCCGCGGAUCCCAACCCCUACAUCACCGCCUCCCCCGGCCCCGCCUCCAAAAAUACGAUGGAUACCGUGCGCGAUGCGCUCGGGAAGUUCGGGAAGAAGUUCGGGGACGCGGCGAAGAAGACCGAGGAUUUGGCCGGGAAUGUUUGGCAACACUUGAAAACAGGACCUAGCGUUGCGGAUGCAGCAAUGGGUAGAAUUGCUCAAACAACAAAAGUCAUAGCAGAAGGUGGUUACGAUAAAAUAUUUCAACAAACAUUUGACACUGCUCCUGACGAAAAACUUAAGAAAGCAUACGCAUGCUAUCUUUCGACCUCCGCUGGUCCUGUUAUGGGAGUUUUGUACCUUUCCACCGCAAAGCUUGCAUUUUGUAGUGACAAUCCACUUUCGUAUAAAGUUGGGGACAAAACUGAAUGGAGCUACUACAAGGUGUUGCUUCCUCUACAGCAGCUGAGAUCUGUUAACCCUUCCACAAGCCAAGCAAAUCCAGCAGAAAAAUAUAUUCAGGUUGUUUCUAUUGACAACCAUGAGUUUUGGUUCAUGGGUUUCGUGAACUAUGACAGUGCCGUGAAAAGUCUGAAGGAGGCUGUUGGUGGCGGUCAGAAUGUGCAACCCUAACAAUGACUAUAUACAUCUGCUCUUACUUGUUCAGGUGGUGUCUAUGCUUUAUAUACAGGGUCAUGUUCAGAUUAAAAAUAUCAUUUAUGCUUGAACUUUUUGGUUUAUCUUAUAUACUUAAAAACAGGGAGGUGUUUGUGUUUUUAUCAUUUCUUUAUUUAAAUGAUUGUUUCUUCUGAUUUGAGAUGUUAUAUAUUAUCAUGCUUGUGAAUAAAUUUACAUGUUUAUGUCA